UAACACUUUCCCCUAUAGGAUCAUUAUUUCCAUUUAACAUUUUUAUUGUAUCUCAAUUAUUUAUUCUUUAUAUUUCAUGAUUGUUAUCAUAAUUAUAAAUUAGCUUUUUCACAUAAUUAUAGAAUAAGACUUACUUUUGUUAUUUUGAGUGUAUGUUUUGUUUAGAAAUUGAAUGAUACAAUUCCUCCGUUAUAUUCUUCGAUCUUAUUUUUCCUUUUAAUUAAAAAAUGACGGAAUCUUCAACCGAUGAUGGAGAUUUUAGGCAAAAGGGCUUCAUUUGCGGCGUAGUUGAAGGCUUUUACGGCCGUCCUUGGACCACGGAGCAAAGAAAAGAUCUAUUCAUAAAACUAAAGAAAUGGGGCAUGGACAUGUAUGUGUAUGCUCCAAAAGAUGAUUACAAACAUCGGGCUUACUGGAGGGAGUUGUAUACUGUGGAAGAGGCUGAGCACCUAACAUCUCUUAUAUCUGAAGCAAAGGCCCAUGGGAUAACAUUUUGUUAUGCUUUAUCCCCUGGUCUUGACAUAACAUACAGUAGCCAAAAGGAAAUAACAACUUUAAAACGGAAGUUGGAACAGGUCUCACAAUUUGGGUGCACAUGCUUUUCUCUGUUGUUUGAUGAUAUUGAGCCAGAAAUGAGUGAAGCAGAUAAGCAGAUAUUUCAGAGUUUUGCCCAUGCGCAGGUAUCUGUAACCAAUGAAAUUCAUCAACACUUAGGCUGUCCCCGAUUUCUAUUAUGCCCUACUCAGUACUGUUCAACUAGAGCUGUACCUACUGUCAAUAACUCUGAGUAUCUUAAUACUUUGGGUACAAAGCUUUCUCAGGAAAUUGAUAUUAUGUGGACAGGCCCAAAAGUGAUAUCUAAGAUAUUGACAACAGAAUGCAUAGAGGAGAUAACACAGGUGCUGAGACGACCACCAGUGAUAUGGGACAAUUUGCAUGCUAAUGAUUAUGAUCAGAAAAGGAUAUUUUUGGGGCCAUAUUGCGGCAGGUCACCAGAGCUGAUUCCAUUGCUCCGCGGUGUGUUGACGAAUCCCAACUGUGAAUACAAUGCUAAUAUGAUUGCUAUUAGGACGCUCGCGCACUGGGCUAGUUGUAGCUUGGAUGCGCCUACGCAUAAUGAAGCAAUAUCAUGGGAUAUAAAACUGGAAAGAGAGAGUGAGCAAGGUGUAUGUGAAGAUGAUGUACCUCUCACUCUAGCGAAACAUGUUUAUCAUCAUAGACAGGCUUUAAGGCAAGCGAUAAAUGAAUGGUUGCCCGAAUUCUCGAUCCCUAAAACUGCGCAGGGACCUGUCAUCAAACCACAACCGAAUGUCACGCCGGUAGCAAUAAUACCCAUAGUGCCAUCCGUCAACACAUGCAUGUCCCUCGUCAGUACCACCACCACUGCCACUACCAGUACAGCGGAUCGGCCUGCCGCCAUUCCCACUGUCACCACAACCCAUUUACAAGGACUGCCUGACAUGUGUCACUCGCAUGUCACAUCGUCGUUGACAACUACGAUGUCACCAUCGGAAACAUUCAAUCCAGUUUCGAAUCCGGUCAUGAACUCCCUGGUUUCUGCGAGUAAAGUGAUUUUGAAUGAAUCCAUUCCAAAUCCCAUAAUUCCAAUGGCGAAUUCCAAUGUGUCCAUGCCGUCGGAAAUUCCAGUUUCCACGCUUCCAGUGCCCAUAUUAGGUCUUAAAACAAUCGAUGAUAAGUAUGAAGCAAUGGAAAAGUUGGAUGCCAAUGAACUUUCUAAUGACAGUGAACAUUGCUUCAUGGAUGUUAGGAAGGAAGAGGAAGUUAUUGUUGAUGAUGAACGGAAUGGGGAAAUGAGUCUUGGUGACACGCCACAAACCUUAAGCCCCACCCGUGUGGCCCAAGAAGUGGGCUUGGAGCCAUUGGACGUGGAUCCGUCAAACAUUGUUACGGACUCAGAUGUCGUUAUGAACGACACAUACAGCGAGAAUGGUUCAAUGCAAGUGGAGCCAAGUAACAGCCCUCUCAGCGGAGAUAUGAUGGUUGAGCAAAUUGAUGUUACCGAUGAAUCAUCAGAUUCCCUUAAAGAGAAUCAGUUGACAACGGAUGAUCUUCUUCUACUCUGUGACUUGUUCUAUCUGCCGUUCGAGCAUGGCUCUCGUGGUCUCCGGAUGCUCCAUGACUUCCAUUGGCUGACUACUCAUGCUGCUAGUAUACUGCCUAGAGGUAGUAAGCCUGAGACGAGUGAAUGGCGUCGUCGGCACCGUCGUUUCACGUGGUGGGCGCAACGCAGCCGUAGACUCGGUCGUAGACUUGCGGCCGCGCCUAACAAGGAACUACACUCUGAAUUACGCCCGUAUCUGUGGGACUUGUGCUCUGUUUUGGCAUUAUUGUCCGCAUUUUUAAAGUGGCUAGAGCUUGGUAAAUUUCCUGCAAACAUCGCAACGAACAUGCAAGGAAGUUAUACAUGGUUCUCGAAAGGUUGGCGUGAGGCGUUCGAGAGUGGUGCUCAAGAGCCGUGGGUUUUCCGUGGUGGGUUAGCGGCUGACUUGCGUCGUCUUGUGCCUUUGGAUUGCGGACCGGAUUUGAGACACUCCCUUCCAAAUGCAAUGCCGCCUCUAUUAUGUACUUCGCCACAGACUGUACGACCUUAUAUGCCGAGCGAUGAAGCUCAGGUGUGUAUCAUCUGUCACAAGACGUGUCGUGAUGGAGGUGACUGCAGUGACCUGUUUCCGAGUGACCUUCAAAGUUUGCCAGCUGAUAGAUUAGUAAUGCCCUUCCUAACCCUGACACCGGAGUUGUGUAUGGUGAUAGAAGAUGACGGCGAUUGUCUGUCUGAGGAGACAGCGGAGAACGAUGAUGACUCGGAAGGAGACAAGCCUGAAACUAGCAACCAAGCAAAUGGAUCCAAGACAGAAAUAAUAGGGUACGCCUGUGCAGUACUAAAUAGCAAGGAGUUCUACAAGAAACAGGAGAUUGCGUGGAUACCGGAGAUGUGUAUUAAAUAUCCCGAAGAACUAAUACAAAGAGAGGAUCUUGGUCAAGCUGCUAAGGACUGCGUAGGUCACUUCCACCAUUUCAGUACAUUGGAGCGUGCUCCAGAGUCGGUCAGUGCGUCCCACCCGGCACUGCUGACAUGUUGUGUGCUUCGCGAUACAAGAGACCCGCAUGCGCCGGCAAGACUGCUUACAUGUUUACUGGCUGCACUACGGGCAAACGGUGUAAAUGGCGUCCAUGCGUGUAUCAACUCGACUGACCACUAUUUGCUGCAGUUCUAUAACAAACUUGGCUUCGUUGAGUUAUCCCGUGACAAUGGACGCGUUUACCUCGCACGAUCCUUCUAGCGCCAGUACCCUUGUAUGAGGCUCACCCGAACUAGGAAACAGUCCUAAGGAUGCACUAAGCAAUGUUAUUCGAAAUCACUUGAGUUGUAAGUUUAAGUCAACAGAAGAAAUACAAUUAGUCUAUUCUAAUACUGCCCAAAAGAUUUUAAAUUGAUUUUUGUUAUUUAAAUCUGUCCAGCACUAAGCAUCUAUGUUAAUAUGGUUGGCAAAAAGCUCAUAGUAGUCUAUGCAUCGGUAAGUAAUUUGUAAUAUAUUUAUUUUCUAUGAACGUACGUUUUCGAAUCAAAACUGUUAAGUAUUAAUAUCGAUUCACUUCUUAUUUUAUAUUAAGUUCACAAUUAUGCUAUAAUCAUGCAAAUUAAACUUGUAAAUGAAUAAAGUCCUUUUAAUUUAAUAAUAAAAAAAAAUAAAAAAAAUGGUAUCUCCCGGCAAAUAAAUUUACAUGUUUAUUUCACAUUUUGCUUGCUAAUUAUGCAUCGAGACUUAUGAGUGAGAAAUCGAUUAGUUGGAUUGUUAUAAGCGUGGGUUCUAUUGAUAUGGUCACGUGACAUGGUUGUUGAAUGCUUCAUCUGUCGUCCGAAUACUAUCGUGUAAAUAUUUAUACUAAUUUAACACCCAACAUACAUUUUAAUUGGUUAAUCAUUUAUCACAUUUCAUUAUUGAUGUAAUUUAUAAUUACUUACCAAAACGUUUUUUUUACAGUGAUAUCAUUUUUUAUAAAAUUGUCUUUGGUUGGGUACAUUAUUUACAUGCAAGUUGAAAUUUGUUAAAUUAUCAUAAUUUAGUUGAUAAGACUAUUGCGUAGCGUAAUUGGACUGAUACACUGUGCUAGUGUUAACUUUUAACUUGACAGUUGCGUUUGUCACUGACAGUUGACAUUCGUAAGUUAAUUGCUAAUUUUCCAUAGACUUCAUAAGGAGAUAAUUUUAGAAACCCGACCAUAAAAAACUAAAUCUGUAAUAUAGCUGAACGGUUAAACUCUGGAGCUAAUGGUUCAAAUUAAAAUUUUCGUAUUGUAACGUCCAGUCCAGAAAGGCUGUUUCAAAACCACGGAAAAUAUUCCUUUCCGUGAGCUUUCUCGGUCUAAACGAUAAAAGUUAUGCAAAAAACAUGAAGGACGAAAGUUCCUUGAACUUAGUAAAAAAAUUCUGACAGCAUAUGUCUAUCUUUUAAAGUUGAUUAACUAAACAGUAAUUAAAAUUUUUAUAAAAUUAAUAAUUGCAAAGCUAUUUUCAUCUUAAAGAUUACAAGUUUGAAAUAAAAUUGUCCUUGAUAUCAUUUCAAUGUUCUUAGAUAAUGCAGUUGUAAAAAACUAUGCAACAAAAUGGUCAAGAAUCGCGCUUUGGACUAUAUAACCACCCGUAUAAAAAUGAGUAAGAACUAAUUUAUUAUUGAGAAUGGCAUCGGAUAACGUUUCAAUUAAGCGAGAUCACUUAUAUAAUUCUCCAACUAUGACGGACGGUCGGUAAAUACCACGAGUAUUGAGUAUUCUAAAUUCAUCAAAUCAUUUUAGUAGUAGAUGGGAAUCUUG